ACCAGUUUUUUACAAGGGCGAAUCUCACGCAUAGCGUCUAGUUAGCUACCGAUUCGUUCAGUCGACUCAAAAAUGUUUACCGUAUUAUUAUCGGCGAUAACACUUUAUAGUUAUCUGCUUCUUGGUGUUUUUUCUCAGCAGUAUCAGGACGAUCCUUGUCCACCAGUGCGGUGUAUACCGGUGCCACUGUGUCAAUCAGCACUCGAUGAAGUCAAGAAAGGGAUUCAUCCGAAACUGUGUGGCUUCCAGGAUUCCAACCCACUAACCUGUUGCGUUGAUUUUGCUCCAAAAGAUAAUACAGCAGAGGAUAAAUCGAUUGCAGCAACAAUGUGUGCGAAAUACACGUUCGAGGUCUGUCCACGGUUUGAAGGCUUUGUUACUGGUGGUCAGAAAGCGGAACCCAAAGAGCUUCCGUUUAUGGCUCAUAUAGGCUAUGGAGAAGAUGGUGGUAACAUAGAGUGGCAAUGUGGUGGAUCUCUAGUCAGUCACAGAUAUGUUUUAUCUGCAGCUCAUUGCACUGAUUCCAGCCUUGGCAGAGCUACUUGGGUGAGAUUGGGGGAUCUGGACACGUCAACCAACGAGGAUGAUGCUCAGCCAGAAAUUUUGAAAAUCGUCAUGACAUUCGACCACCCAAGAUACAACCCUACUCAGGUGUACAACGAUAUAGCUCUCUACCGGCUGGAAAGGGAUGUCACAUUCAAUAAGUAUAUCCGUCCCAUUUGUUUGCAUUCAAUCGAUGAAUCGCUACCACGAGAUAAGGUUGUAGCAGCUGGCUGGGGGCGCCUCGGAUUUGUUGAUAGAUUGAGUAAAGUACUGAUGAAAGUUGAGCUGGACGUGAUGGAUCCAUUCAAGUGCUCCAACUCUGCAGACAGUUUGCAAAUGCCCGACGGCAUCGAUCGUGAUGCAAUGAUUUGUGCUGGAUCCGACAUGGACGACAAAGAUACUUGCCCGGGUGAUUCUGGUGGUCCUCUAUUCUCGCAAUUCAAAUCAUCGGGGCCUUGUCAUCUACGGACUCAGUUUGGUUUAACAUCUUUCGGGAAGCAGUGCGGUUUAGCUGAAUUUCCAGGCGUUUAUACAAAAGUUCUAUAUCAUUUGAGAUGGAUUGAAUCCAUAGUAUGGCCGUUGAACAAGACAAAUUCAGUAGGAAUAUGGACGGAUUAUGAAGUCUGUUCAACGGAGGGUGAUUUUUGUCUACCACUGAAUCAGUGUCCAUUCUACAAUGCGGACGAUUUCAAACAAGAGAACAAUAAGCCACCGGUGUGUGGCUUCAACGGCACUGAACCCAUUGCCACUCUUGGAUACAGAAAAGAUGGAUACAAAGUGUGGUGGAACUGCAGUGGGACUCUCAUCAGUCGCAGAUAUGUUCUCUCUUCAGCUAGCUGUGCCAAGCUGAAUGGCCUAGAACCGAUCUAUGUGAAACUAGAGCAUGGCGCCAAGAGCCUGACUGCACGAGUUACACUGAUAUUUGUUCAUCCAGAUUACAAAUACCCAGCCGUGGACAAUGACAUAGCCCUGUUCAGACUGAACCGCACUGUAGAUCUGCACGACGAAAUUGAGCCGGCAUGCUUGCACCAGUACACUUCAAUUCUCACCACCAACCACCUUUUGACAAGGAAGUGGAAUAGUCGUACAACCAUGGAAGGAAAGAACCAGUCGCAAGUCGCCGAGGAGUGCGGCAAGGUCAAGGAGUAUCAUAGUAGAUCAUCUGGCAACAUGCAGUGGCAGUGGCUGAUCCCAGCGGCUGCUUUCAGCCUCCUCUUCACUCGCCCGACUCUCGCCGCCCACCAACAGUAUCAAGGUGACACUUGCGCGUCGGAUGGCAGCACAUGCGUGCCGUUCAGCAAGUGCACGCUUGCACAGGGAGAGCUGCAGUCGGGCAAGCGGCCGCCACUGUGUGGUUUCGAGGAGGCCGAACCGAUCGUCUGCUGCACGCUCGAGCUCGCCAACCGAUUCGGCGAGAGCGCAAAGUCCAUCUCCGAACACAUGUGCAACAAAUAUGAAGAGGAGUCUUGUGGGACUUCCAACAAUACAGAAAGAACUAACGAACCUAUGACGUUCAUGGGUAUGAUCGGAUAUGGACCAAGAAGUAAUAUCAGCUGGCUGUGUACUGGAACACUUAUAAGUAGGAGAUACAUCCUAUCUGCAGCCCAUUGUGCAGAUACACCAAGAGGGCCAGCCGCAUGGGUGAGCUUGGGUCAUGGCGAUCCUAAAGGAAAAUCUAUUUACAGCAUCAAAGUGCAUUUUCCACAUUAUGAAUAUCAGCCACCAAGAUUAUACAACGAUAUAGCACUAUAUAGACUGAAUAAAGUAGUUGAAUUCGGAAAAUACAUCAGGCCAGUAUGUCUUCCUUCAGUAGCUGCAAGUGACCUCGAUUUUUCCAGAAUAGCAAUUUCAGCUGGUUGGACGCCACUUUCCGAUAAAGAAUUCAUCAGCUUUAAUGACUCUAUACGCCUGGUGCCAAACUACAGGUGUGGCCUAGCCGGUACUCCCGAAGAAUUGCCCAACGGACCUAAAGAAAAUUUGCUAUGUGCCUCACAAGUAUCACCCGACACAAGCUGUGUUAAAGCAAGGUACGGAGGAAUUCUGAUCAGUCCAAUUACUCCAAUUCCUAUUGACAAUUCACCUCAAUGCUACUUGGAGAAGCAGUUGGGAUUGCUGGCUGUAGGUCAAAGAUGUGGAAUAGCCGAAUAUCCAGGAGUCUACAUGAAUCUUACAUACUUCCAACCAUGGAUUGAGUCCGUUGUUUGGCCGGAAAAUUCAACUUAUACUGAGAUUAUUUGGAAUAAUUGAUUUCUCUAAUGAGGAAAGCGUUUAUAAUUAUUAUUUAUUCUUCAAUCUGUGAUUAGUAUAAGUUUCAAUAGAUGUAAUAAAAAAGAAUCAGGAUGAUUUUCAUUA